AUGAAGAAAAAAAAUUCAAUUUGCGAUGAGGAGAAUGAAAAUGUAAAUAUUGUAAACCUUAAUAAAUAUGAACCAAUACAAUUUAUUGAUGUAAAUGCAAAAAAUAUUUUUGAUUUCGACUUAACAAAAUUAGAUAUAAGAAAAGUGAAUAACCAUAUAAAGUUAAAUGAUAUUUGUAAAUUAUAUUACUAUUUAAACAAAAAUUCAUUGUAUUAUGUAUCAGAAAAAAAUCCAUCUAUAUCUGAUAUAUUAUACUUAGAGAAUUUUUGUUUAGAAAAUAAUGUUGAAUAUAAAAUUACGAAAGAUGAUAAUAAAAGAUCUGAGCCUAAUAAAGAUUUUUUUUGUAAAAACAAUCACGAAAUUAAGUGUGACAUUAAAGAUGGAGAAAAACAUUUAACAAGUGAUACAAAUUGUGAUAAAACCGAAAGUUGUAAAAAUGAUAAAGAUAUUGAUAAUGUAAAUAUGGAUACAAAUGAUAUAAUAAAAAAAGAAAACAAAAUAGAUUCUUUUGACUGUUCUCAUGAUUCACAUUCACCUUCUUAUUCUUCUUCUAUUUCGUCUUCUAAUUCUGAUUCAUCUUAUUCUUCGUUAUCAUCAUCAUCGUCAUCAUCAUCUUCUUCUUCAUCUUCAAACAUUUCAGAUAAAAGCAGUGAAAAUAAUAAUAUGAAUAAAUUAAAGAAUUUAGAAAUAAUUAAGAAAAAUAGUGAAAAUAAAGAAAAAAUAAAAAAAAAAAAAAAAAAAAAAUUUAAAUCCAUAUUAGGAAAAUUCAGAAAAUAUGAUGUUAUUGGUAUUAAAGGAUGUAAUAAACAAUCUUACAUUUCUCAAAUUUAUAAAUUUGUAAAAAAUGAUGAUAACACAAAUAUUAUCUGUCAAUGGAUAUAUAAUUAUAGUGAUUGUAAUAAAUAUUUAUAUAAUAAUUUUGAAAGUCAUUUAAAUAAAUGGACUGUAUUACCAUGUUUAGGUUAUUUUGAUAAGAAUAGCAUAGAAAAUAUAAUAAAUAAAAUUGAAGUGUAUAAUUUUUAUGAAUUUUUAUAUUUGUUCAAUGAUUUUCCUUUAUGUUGUGAACAUAAUAGGAAAUUAAAAAUUGAUAAUUUUCAAAAAAAUUUAAAACAUAAUAUUGUUUAUAAUUCUAUUGAUAAUGAACCCUUACUAAAUUAUAAUGAUGAAUCAAAAAAGAAAAAUAUAGAAAAUAUAAAUGAAGAUGAAAAAGAAUUAAAAAGUAAAAAUGAAUAUAGCAAUACUAUUAUUAGUGGGAAUAAUCAUAAUUGCAAUGGCAUAAAUGUCAAGUUGGAAGAAAAAACCAUAGAAGAAAGCACCAUAAUAGGUAAUAAAGAAGCUGAAAAUAAGCAAAAUGAUGAUAAAGGAUCAUCAUAUAAUGCAACAAAUAUAAAUAACAAAAAUAUCUGCAUAUAUGAUGAAGAUAUUGUAUUCAAUGAAUUAAAUGAGGAAUAUAAAAUAAGAAAGAAAAAAAAUUGCUCCUUCAGGAUAUUUUAUUACGAAAAUUUUUUAUGUAAAAAUACGAAAAUAGUUCCGAAUAUUAAAAAAAAUUGCAUUAUUCUAAAUAGAAAAAAUAAUGAAGAUUUAAAUUUUUUUAUAAAUGCUAAUUUAUAUGAUAAAAUAAAGGAUAAAAAUAAUAUAUAUUAUCAAGAAAAUAAUGAUUACGUUUUAAGUUAUAAAAAUUUCGAAUUUCUUUAUUAUUUUUGUUUUAAUUGUAGGACAUAUUAUGAUAUUAACAUAAUUUUUUCUCAUAUAAUAUUUAACUCUGUUAAUAACAACACACCAUCAAAUAAAAUGCAUUUGUUUCUCCAAAGGUAUAAAAAAUUAUAUGAUAUAAAAAUAAAAAGACAAAAAGUUAAACAAACAGAUAUAUAUUUUAUAUGCUUAAAUUGUAUUAAUAAUAAUAUAUUUUACGUUAAUGAGCAUAUAGAAUAUUUUUACUAUUUUUGUGAUUUAGUAAAUUUAUUUAAUCAUAAUUUUUUAUUAUAUAAUGAGCAUAUUAAAUGUAUUUUCAAUUUUGAUAUUUCAUUUUUUUCAUUAUAUAAUGUUAUAAAAGAAAAAGCAUUACUAGCAGUUAAAAAAAAAUCGCGUUUAAAUGAAAAUAUGAAAAAUACACUUUCCAAAAAAAAAAAAAGUAUUUAUUCUUCUAUAUCUAGUAAAAAAAAAAAAAGUCAAGAAAAAUUAAUUAGCAGUAAUAAUAAAAGCAAUACAUUAUCUAAUGAAAGUUCUCUUUUCUUAUCUAAUGAAAUUCAAAAAGAUAAAAUAGAAGAAAAAAAAAACAAUUUUUUAAUGACAAAUGAAGGUAAAUGUGAUACAAAAAAAAUGAGAAAUAAAAAAGAAAAAGAAAAAAUUUAUGAAAAAUCUGCUAAUGAAAAAAUUAAUAAAAAUAAAGGAAUUAAAAAAUAUAAUUCUAAAGAUGAUAAUGAUGAUAAUCAAAUAUGUGGAGAAAGUAAUGAAGAAAAAUGCAAAAAGGAUAUCUAUGAAAAAAAAAAUUAUAAUGAUUUACAGAAUACAAGUGAUAAUGAAAAAAAAGAUGAAAAAAGUGUAAUGAAUGAGAUUGAAGUUAAAAAAAAUAUUAAUGGUAAUGAAAAUAAUAAUGAGAAGAUUUUAAAAAAUAAAAUGAAAGAAGGUGAAAAUUUUGAUAAUUACAUGGGAAAAAGAGAUACCAAAAAAAUGAAGGAAAAAAAGAGAAAAAAAAAAAAUGAGGAAGAUGAAUUAUUUAAUGAAUGUUGUAUAUCUAGUGAAAGUGAAGACUAUUAUUUUAAUGAAAACGUAAAAGAAUACACAGAUGAAGAUAUUAUAGAAGAAAAUCAAAUAUUAAAUGAAGAAAUUUACAGUGACGAUUCAGUUUUCUAUAAUGAUGAAUAUACCUCUAAUAGAAAAAAAAAAAGGAAAAUUAAAAAAAAAGGAAAAUUAAAAAAAAAGGAAAAUAUAAAAAUGAAGAAAUUACCUGUAAAAGAAAAAAGCGUAAAUGAAGAAAAUAAUAGUAAUAUUUUUGAGAAAUCAAAUAAUGAAAGAAAAGAAGAAUAUCAAACAUAUGAAGAAGAAAUAGAAGAAAAAGAAGGUGAUUACAAUGAAGAAGAAGAAGGAAAUAUAACAAAGUAUACUAAAGUGAUUGAUAAAAUAAAACAGUGUUUAGAUGAAGAAAAUAUGAAUGUUAAUACAAAAAUUAUUAGUAAAAAUAUAGUAGAAAAAGUUAUACAAAUAUAUAAAAAUAAACUAGAUGUGAAGAUGAAAUUAUUUUCUUUAUGUAGUAAUUUAUUAAGGAAAGAUAAUUCUGAAUUACGAAAAAAAAUAUUAAAUGGAACAAUAAGUUGCAGUGAUUUAGCACAAAUGAAUUCAUCUGAUUUAGCUCCAAUUAGUUUACAAAAUAAAAGAAAGGAAUACGAAAGAAAGUAUUUUUAUGAAAAUAUAUAUUUACGAGAAGAUUAUAUAAAUUUAAAAAAAAAAACCAUAAAUGAUGAAGAGGAAAUAUUUUUACCUAAUAUUAUAUAUGAAGAAAAAUUAAACUCAAAAGAAAAAAAUUUAAAUAAUAAAAUUGAUAUUAAUAAUAAAGAGGACAAAGAUUCAUUAAUUAUUAAAAAUGAUUCAAUAAAUGACAAAAAAAUCAGUAGCUGUGAUAAUAAUCAAAAUUCUGAUGAUUAUAUUAAGAAAAAUAAUACUAUGGAAAAUGAAGAUCAAACUAAUAACACAUAUACUAUCCCUUCUAUAGAAAAAUAUGAUUUUGAAUAUACCUAUAAAAAUUUAAAAUCUAUAUAUGAAAAUAUGCCUAAAUUUGUUUCAUCUCCAAUUUUAACAUUUUUAGAUAAUUCUUAUAAUAGAAUUCUUUCCAUUAUAGAUGCUAAUAAAAAUAAUGAAAUUUAA